AACCUUAAACUAGCAAGCCCUCUCUCUCUCUCUCUCUCUCUCCCCCUCUCCUUCUUUCUUGUCUCUUUCAUCCUUUCUCUCAAUCGUGAACAACAUACAAGUAUAAAUAGAUGAUCAAAAUUGGUGAUGAUCUGUGAUUUCUUGUGUUGAUUUGAGCAAAGACGAAAAUUCAGACUCAAAUAAACAAGUGUUCUAUCUAACGACUUUCUGCGCUGACAAAAACCCUAAAAACGAAGAUGGGGAGAGGGAAGAUUGUGAUUAGAAGGAUCGAUAAUUCGACGAGCAGGCAAGUCACCUUCUCUAAGAGGAGGAAUGGGCUGCUGAAGAAGGCCAGGGAGCUAUCAAUCUUGUGUGAUGCUGAAGUUGGCUUGAUUAUCUUCUCUAGCACCGAAAAGCUCUAUGAUUUUGCAAGCACUAGCAUGAAAUCUGUGAUUGAAAGAUACACGAAGAUGAAGGAGGAGCAACCUCAGCUGAUGAAUCCUAUGUCUGAGGUUAAGUUUUGGCAAAGAGAAGCAGCUACACUGAGGCAACAACUGCACUACUUGCAAGAAACCCACAGGCAGCUUUUAGGGGAAGAACUUUCUGGACUGAAUGUCAAAGAUCUCACGAAUCUGGAGAAUCAACUUGAGACAAGUCUGAAAGGUAUCCGAAAGAAAAAGGAGAAAGUUUUAUCUGAUGAGAUUGAAGAACUAAACCGAAAGGGAAAUCUCAUUUGUCAAGAAAAUAAGGAACUGUAUAAGAAGGUAAAUCUCAUUCGUCAAGAGAAUAUAGAAAUGCAGAAAAAGAUUUAUGGACCUGGGAGAAUAAAUGAACCCGAUGGAAGUUCUCAAACUACAAAUGUAGUCAGCCCCAGAUAUGACCUACAACCACCAAUAAAUCUUCAGCUAAGCCAGCCACAAAUACAGAAGAAUGAAACACCAAUAAGUGUGAUGAAGCUCGGGCUACAGCUGCACUAGACAGCACUUUGGCAAAGGUCUGCUCUACACCAACAAAACCCGCAGCUAAAAGACACUUCUACGAAUUCUGGUUAUCUCUAAGAUGGAAGACUAAAGUUAAUCAAGUCUGGCUGUAGCAGAUUGGACUGUGCCAAUAUAUGAAACAGCUUUAAGGUUAUUGUAAAUUGAUCGACAGCAGAUGAUUGUACAUGGAAAGUUAUGCAAACCCAGAUAUAAAUAAAAAUAUGGUGAUAUGCAGGCAUCGGUCUUAACAGACGAUGCAUGCUAAGUUGUGUGUAGUGAUCCUGACAUUUCUGCUAGUUUGAUUCAUGUAACAAUUAUACAGAGACUACUGCACCAAACUUCUUACCAAAGGUUUUCAUGCUCAGCAUAUAUUUUCUUGCAA